AUGCCCCUGGUUCGCCAAACGAGCCGAACGCCUUCCACCCCCAAACUUCUGCUUUCUCUCCGCUCCCCGCGCCGCGACCUGGCAGGGUCGGCGGCAACUCGACACCCUAAGGCCGUCCACGUCCCUUUGGUUAUCUCCGAGUGUUCAGGCACACUGUCUUUCAAAGCAAGCUCCGAGCUCCUAAACGGCUCGUAUUUUGGUAGCCGAAGCGCGCGCGAGAGCCUUCCGACGCUCAGCACCCAGAGCAGCAGCCUAUCAUAUCGAAGCCUAUCGACGCGCAGCGAGCCGGCGCUGAGCAGCGGCGGAGAGAUGGCGGAGCUCGAGCACCAGAGCUCCGCCGGGGGAAAGGCGCAAGCGGGGGGGGAAGCGGAGGGCGGAAAGACGGCGCAGCAGAAGCAGCAGUGGGGCGCGUGGCACGCGCAGGUGCAGCAGCUGUGGGGAAGCAGCAGCCAGCUGCUGGCGCGGUACACGAGCGGGGGGAAGGUGGCGUCGCUCGAGAACAACUGCGCCAUGCAGAGCGCGUGGAACCCCGUGGGCGCGCAAGGGGAAUCCGACCGACCACAGCACGUCGUGAUUUACAUCUGUGAAUCGUGA